CCAAAGUGUCGAGAUGGAGAUCCAGUUUGUGCCUAUCAGUGCCCAUGCCUUGCUUUCUCCUCCUCCUUCUCCUCCUCCUCACGUUGCCUUGCCUUGCCCGGUCUCGCCUUGCCUCGUCUUUGCUUGCCCCUCCCUCCAGGCUACCUGGACUCUCUUCAACUGUCUUCUACGGAUCCGCACUCCGUACCCGUACGCGCGACGGGUUCUGGACAGCAUUCUGUGACAAAAGGUGCUGGUUGGUGACCAGACAGGGAAUUCUGUCACUUGCAUCGCGCACCCUCUCCAGUCUUGUCCUCUUCCUUGCUCUCUCUCCACUACCUCAGCACUACUCCUUACGGGGCCAGGCUUUGCCAGUUGCUGGUAUAUCUCCUCCUCUCGCCGUCUACGUCCUGUGUCGACUACUCGGUAAUCCUUACCACCCAGACGCACUUUCGCCAGGUGAACCUCAGACAGAAGGCGACAGAGAGAGGGGGAUGAUGCAUGGUACCUAAGGUUGGUACGUAUCUGACCUACCUAGUAAAUAGGUACCUAGGUGGUGUACC